UGGCUCCGCGCAGGCAGCCAGGCGGCGCUCCUGCCGGCCCCAGGCGCGCCGCUAGCCCGGCCCAGCGCCCAGCCCGGCGGGCGGCGGCGGGCGAGCCGGCGCAGGAGCAGGAGGAGGGGGAGCCGCGCCGCCAGGGAGGGAAGCCGGGGCGAGGCGAGGAGGUGGCGGGAGGAGGAGACAGCGGGGAAAGGUGUCAGAUAAAGGAGGGCUCUCCUCCGGUUUGGAGUCAUCAUGGCCGCUAAGUCAGACGGGAGGCUGAAAAUGAAGAAGAGCAGCGACGUGGCGUUCACCCCGCUGCAGAACUCGGACCACUCGGGCUCGGUGCAGGGAUUGGCUCCGGGCUUGCCGUCGGGGUCGGGAGCCGAGGACGAGGAGGCGGCCGGGGGCGGCUGCUGCCCGGACGGCGGCGGCUGCUCGCGCUGCUGCUGCUGCUGCGCUGGGAGCGGCGGCUCGGGCGGCGGCUCCGGGGGCUUGGGCGGCCCGGGCGGCGGCGUUGGCGGCCCGGGCAGCAGCGGGGCGGGCUCGGCGGCGCUGUGCCUGCGCCUGGGCAGGGAGCAGCGGCGCUACUCGCUGUGGGAUUGCCUCUGGAUCCUGGCCGCCGUGGCGGUGUACUUCGCGGACGUGGGCACGGACAUCUGGCUUGCCGUGGACUACUACUUGCGCGGCCAGCGCUGGUGGUUCGGGCUCACGCUCUUCUUCGUGGUGCUCGGCUCGCUCUCUGUUCAAGUGUUCAGCUUCCGCUGGUUUGUGCACGAUUUCAGCACCGAGGACAGCGCCACAACCGCAGCUGCCUCCAGCUGCCCGCAGCCUGGAGCCGAUUGCAAGACGGUGGCCAGCAGCGGGUCUGCAGCCGCGGAAGGCGACGCUCGUCCUUCCACGCCGCAAAGGCAAGCAUCUAACGCCAGUAAGAGCAACAUCGCCGCCACCAACAGCGGCAGCAACAGUAGCGGGGCCACCCGGGCCAGCGGCAAACACAGGUCCGCGUCCUGCUCCUUCUGCAUCUGGCUCCUGCAGUCACUCAUCCACAUCUUGCAGCUCGGGCAAAUCUGGAGAUAUUUCCACACAAUCUACUUAGGUAUUCGAAGUCGACAGAGUGGGGAGAAUGACAGAUGGAGGUUUUACUGGAAAAUGGUGUAUGAGUAUGCAGAUGUGAGUAUGCUGCAUUUGCUAGCCACCUUUCUGGAAAGUGCUCCACAGCUGGUCCUGCAGCUCUGCAUUAUCGUACAGACUCAUAGCUUACAGGCCCUCCAAGGUUUCACAGCAGCAGCCUCUCUUGUGUCUUUGGCUUGGGCCUUGGCCUCCUACCAGAAGGCCCUCCGGGACUCUCGAGACGACAAGAAGCCUAUCAGCUACAUGGCUGUUGUCAUCCAGUUCUGCUGGCACUUCUUUACCAUUGCCGCCAGAGUCAUCACCUUUGCCCUCUUUGCCUCAGUUUUCCAGCUGUACUUUGGGAUCUUCAUCGUUCUCCACUGGUGCAUCAUGACCUUCUGGAUCGUCCACUGUGAGACAGAAUUCUGCAUCACCAAAUGGGAAGAGAUUGUGUUCGACAUGGUUGUGGGGAUCAUCUAUAUCUUCAGCUGGUUCAACGUCAAGGAAGGCAGGACACGCUGCAGGCUCUUCAUUUACUAUUUUGUGAUCCUGUUGGAAAAUACAGCCUUGAGUGCCCUCUGGUACCUCUACAAGGCUCCCCAGAUUGCAGAUGCGUUUGCCAUCCCAGCGCUGUGUGUGGUAUUCAGCAGCUUUUUAACUGGAGUCGUUUUUAUGCUGAUGUACUAUGCCUUCUUUCACCCCAAUGGACCCCGAUUCGGGCAGUCACCAAGUUGUGCUUGUGAGGACCCAGUCGCUGCCUUCACUCUGCCUCCAGAAGUGGCCACAAGCACACUCCGGUCCAUCUCCAACAACCGCAGUGUCGCCAGUGACCGCGACCAGAAAUUCGCAGAGCGGGAUGGGUGUGUCCCUGUCUUUCAGGUGAGGCCCACUGCCCCGUCCACACCAUCCUCUCGCCCACCACGGAUUGAAGAAUCUGUCAUUAAAAUUGACCUGUUCAGGAAUAGGUACCCGGCGUGGGAGAGACAUGUUUUGGACCGAAGCCUUCGAAAGGCCAUUCUAGCCUUUGAAUGUUCCCCGUCUCCUCCAAGGCUGCAGUACAAAGAUGAUGCCCUUAUUCAGGAGCGGUUGGAGUAUGAAACCACUUUAUAAAAUAGAAGGCCUCGGAGGAGCCACAACCUCCAGGGAAGGGGUAACAGCAAGGCCGUGGCAAUAAUGAAACUCUGUCCUAGAAUAGGGCAACGGGCUGUAAUGUGCUUCGUCGGACCCUCCGUCAGCUGACCGCCUGCUGCUGGUCUCCUUUCAAAAGAGCAGCUGAAGGGAAAGAACCGAACCAAACCGUGCCUGCUCAGUAGGACUCCUUGUUGCUACCAGCCCCUCCUGCCCACUUUCAGCGUGUCCACCAGAGGGUACCAUGAGCACGGAAAACAUUGCCUCCAAUCAAUAGGGUGUUUUGAUGGAGUUAACUGAUCUUUGCAUAAAAAUAUACUCAGUCACACACGCACAUACACACACACAUACACACACAUGCUAACACACACGGCACCAGUCCUCUGUCAAAAUAGCUUAGAUGAUUUCUUUUCUUGAUGCAAAGCUCUGAUUCUGAAUAUAAAAACAAAGAGAGAGAGAAUAUAUCCUUCAAGACUCCAGAAAAAACAAACAAACAAAAAAAUAGUACUACUUAGAAAAGAAUUUCAUAGACCAUUCUCAUUUGGAAACCACUACCAUGCGUGCAAAUCCUACCAUGGACAGCAAACUCAACUGUCGUUUACAUAUGUAUUCAAAUCAAUGGAAUGGUUCAUUUUCAACACAUUUCAGGAUUUGUUUUUUAUUUUAAAUUUCAGUCGAGAACAUCCUUUCUGACAGAAAUCCUAUGCAGCACAUCUAUGGCUUUCGACAAGACCAAGGAGCUCAGUGAUUUCGUGAUGUAAAUUAAGUGAUAAUCAUGAUUCAGUAUUCAGUUGCAAAAAUUUAAUAAGUACAUGAAGAGGAAGCAGGGAAACAAGGCAAAAACAAGCAUCUGACUUCCCGGCCUACCGCAGUUCACACAGGCAAGGAGGUGCAGAGCGGCAGGAGAGAAACAUGCUGAACUGGGUGUUUCAAGACGCAGAAAAGCGUGGCUCUGUGUGAAGGCUACAGAGCAUGCCAUGCCACACCCUCCUAGUGCCAAACACCAUCCAACCACAGGACUGACGUGGAAGUCCCAAACACCCGAGAACGAGUGGCAUGAGCCCCCCAAACGUGGACGUGAGAGCACACCAUCACAUUCCCCAUUGUGUACAGACUACCCCCCCCAAUCCAAGGUCAAAGUGAUGUGUCUUUUAGAGGCUUUGGGACACUUUUUAGUAAGUAUGAGCAGACAAUGCAGUGAAUAUGCUAUGGGAAAACCUUCCAAACUGAUUGAGGGCUUAUCACUAGAUCCAGCUAAGAUUUGUAUUUGAACCAUUUGUAAAGUCGCACUCUUACAACAAACUUCUGGGUUUUAAAUACCUCCGUACAGCAAGUAAACGUUCCCUGCUUUCUGUUCCCAGUGUCCUCGGUCAUGGUGCUUUCUGUUGCAUUAAAAGUGCCGGUCAAACUUUGAUAGUAUUUUUUUAUAGUUGGUGCAGAGUGGAAUAACUCAUGGAUUAUUUCAAUAUUUUUGUAAUAAAAAUAUAGGGUAUACAUAUAGGCAUCAUCACUUUUUUUAUAGACCUGGAAUCGUUUAAAAUACUUUAAGCAUCAUAAUUACUUGGGAUAUCAGAAACUGGUCCACAAAUUUCGUCAGCCUGCCUCAGCACAUUGAGAACGCUUGUCUUUUGCAAGAUCACCCAAUUUUGCAAUGUUGGUGCCCCCAGGAACCUGGCCAGGGGUGCUAUCAGAAUAUCAGGUGACAAGAGAAUCAGCUUAACUAGAAAGGGCUUGUCAAGACUGGCCAAUGUUUCCCAGGAUGUGAAAGCUGUAAAUGAUUACUUUCAUCCAUCCAUUCUCACAAAUCUGACCACAGUGGAAGAUGUCUUAAACUUCCUUCCCUGGUUUUAUAUUAACCCAACUUAUAUAUUAACUAUUAGUCAAGUCACUAAAAAAAAAAAAAAAAAAAAAAAAAAGAUGGGAGAGAGGGAGAGAAGAGAAAAAGUCCGUUUAGCUUAAUUAUUCGGUUAUUUGGACUGUACAAUCCACUUAAAUUAGUCAUGUUUAAUAGCCACCUUCUGU